CGUGUCAGUCCGUCCUCUCGUCUUCAUCCUAAUCGGAAGGAAACCGUUUUUUUAAUAUAUAGUUUCUGCUCUAAACUUGAACUUUAUCAUCAUGGUUGAGCAGUUUGUCGGAACCUGGAAGCUGAUGACCAGCGAGAACUUUGACGACUACAUGAAAGCAAUCGGUGUCGGCUUUGCGACGAGGCAGAUGGGUAACAUGGCUAAGCCCAACUUGGUGAUCAGUGUGGAUGACUCGGGCCUGGUCACAAUGAAGUCUCAAACCACCUUCAAGACCACCGAAAUCCAAUUCAAGCUCAAUGAGGAAUUUGAUGAGACCACAGCAGAUGACCGAAAGACUAAGACUAUCGUCACUCUUGAAAAUGGCAAACUUGUGCAGAAACAGACCUGGGAUGGGAAGACUACAACACUGGAGCGAGAGAUUCAGGAGGGCAAACUAACAGCUAAAUGCAUCAUGGAUGAUGUUGUUGCAGUGAGGACCUAUGAGAAGGAUGCUUAAGUCUGUUAAACAAAAGUGCACUUUUGCAACUGAAAAUAAAUUCUAAACUGCAA